AGUCAGCUAACUUCAGCUUCACGCCGUAAUCGAGCAUAAAUUAAAAAUUGUCAUUAAAAAUCAUGAAAUCUGACAUUUCACUGGUUGAGCAUUCAUCAUCUCUCGACACAUUGUCUUCUUCUGAUGAUAACAGGAUUGCAGUUGCUUCAGACAAAUGCGUCUACGUUUUGGAACAGACCGUCAACACCUCUUUCAGACAUGACUUUCUCUGCUUUUCCAAGGAUUUUUUGAAGGACAGCAAAGAAGAUCGUCAGCACUAUGAUGUCGGAGUUGACACCAAAGAGAUCAAGAAGCUACCGAGAAGAUCAUAUUCCCGGCAGAAGUUCACAUUGAACAGUUUACUACAUGAUGAUAAUAAGGUAUCGGCCUACUCAGAGAGAUUCUUGGCUGCUAAGCUUUCCCCAGUAUGUGAUGACAAUGACAGGAGCCUCCUGGCAACAUUAUCAAAUAAUAACCAUGUUGUGGUCUACUUCAAAAGAAAAGGACAUUGGAUAAAGGUGGAAAAUAUAUCCGACAAAUUAUACGAAUAUGCUAAGAAGACAAACUUCACGUUGAGAACUGACGACGAAACGGCUGAAGAAACAGAGACAAAUCAGACCACUAAUUUUGAGGAAUGCCAGAGGAGAACAAAAAGUGUGACGAUUACAGGUUUGGAGUGGUCUGGGGUCUUCCAUUCAUCCUCUGCAAAGCCCCAGCCAGUGAGAGGCAAGCGAAGUGCUAAAAGGAAGCACACAGAUAGUGAUGCAGAUUCCAACUCCAACAAUUUUGUUCUUCUGGCAACGGCUCUUAAAAGCAACCAUGUUAUCGUGUGGAAGCUUCAAUGCCCUGUCAAUGAGAAGAGCUCAUCAGAGAUUGCUGAAGUUAUUCACACCAAUUACCCUAAGACAACCAUGCAUUGGUUGAUUAGUGAGAAAAAUGAUAAAGCUUACUUGGCUACUGGUGGUUAUAAUGGGUUGAUCACUGUAUGGAGUGUCUCAACAGAGGGCAGUGUGACUUGCCAAAGAGAAGUGGACGUAUGGGAGGAGAAAGACGAUAUACCAGUUCAAGCAAUAACGUCAGUUAGAUCACUCUGUACUGGUGAAUCUUAUGUGCUCCUUACUGCCAAAGGCCCUUUAGUAUUUGCAUUCCAGAUGAAGUUUGUCGAUGGGAACAUGAAAAUUACGCACCAGUCUCAUACAUUGACAUUACAUAAUGCUCUGGUUUCAGGUAUAUGUAACGUCAGAGAUAAAGUGUGCACCUCAUCAACAGAUGGCAGUAUACAGGUUGUCAAAGUCAAACAAGAUGAUGAUGGCAUCUCAUUAGAUCUUCAUUUGCUGGAACCCGCUAAGCACAUGACAAAGAUUAAUGGGAUCUGUGCAUCAACCAAUGGCAUCUACCUGACAACACAGAAGAGGCUUUCUAGUUAUGCAACCCUGAAAGAGAAAUCCAACCUCACCUUCAAACAGAUAGCAACAGAUCAGGAGGUGGAGGAUAUGAUUAUGGAACCUAAAGGUAGGCUAUGCAACAAGUUUGACUGCCUUGAAUGGUUGUACCAAAGAUUGCCUCCAGAUGGCAGCAUUCAGAAUAGAACCAAAGUCAUCCUUUCUGAAGAGACAUUAGCCAACAAGACGCCGGGCGAGAUUCUGUAUUUGUUGAAGCUGAGGCGCCUGGUUGUGAUGAUGAUCAUCCACAGACUGUCCAGAGAGUUGCACAAUUACUCUUGUGGGAGGAGGAGAGAUGACCUCGAUGAGAUGAUUCAGACAAAGGAAACCCAUGUGAAGGAGAUCUCAGAUCGUAUUUUCAAGCUGCGUGUAGAGAUAAGCUUGGAAACUCUAUCAUCAGGCAGUGGGAAGAAAAAGAUUACAGGAAGGACCAAACGUGUGCAGAAGCUAAUGUCUGAUUGGCUUGUGCUCAGUACAUCACCCUCUGAAGAACCAAUCACAGCAAACGGCUCAUUAGAAGGGGAUUCAUGCGAGAGUUGCAGAUUGUGUGGAGAGAGUAUUCCGCUUACAUCUCGAGAAGAUGGCUUCUGUCGGAAGGGACAUAGAUGGAAUCGUUGUAGCCUAUCUCUGUUGCUAUGUCAGUCAAUGAAACCAAGGAGCUGUACUUAUUGCAAGAGUUCUUAUGCAUCCAAGGAAGAAACAGAUUGCACCUGGCUUCGUGAUCUCCUAAGCUCAUACUGUUUGUGGUGCGAUGGACCCCUUAUUGAAAGAUGACAUCAUCAAUCCAUGAAAAUACACUAUUUUGUGCUUAUUUAUGUAUUCAUGUUCAUUUUCAGUAAUCUUUACUGUAAAGAUGUAUACGUAAAGUGCCAUUAGUUGAAGCUGAAGUCCACACAAAAUAUGAGUUGAAAUAAUAGAAACACAACUAAUCAUGCAAUUCAUAUUAUGUUAACUUAAUGUAUUUAUUUGCAUUGUUAUCAGGAAUUGAAGAGUAAUAAUAAUUUUUACAGCCAAUUUGACAUAUACCCCGAAGGGAUAGCUCAAUACGUCAAAUAAAUCUUGGGUAAUGUCAAAUGAAUAAGGUCAGAUAAAUCCUCCAGAAAGUACUUGUAUAUUAAUCUGCAUGUAUGACAAGCUAUGUGUUGAUACAGUGGUGCAAAAAAGUUAGUGAACCCCACCAGAAAAUUAACAUAUUUAAAAGUAUUUAAAUUCUGCCAUCUUUUAGAUAUUCAAUUGUGAAGUUAGGUGAUUGAAUAUUACAUUCAAUAUUGUUUGUUUCUCUGGGCUCGCGGAACAUUGUAGUGUUGUUGCCUACGUUCACCACUCAGCAUGAAGGAGUGCAUUUUCUGAUGGGGUUCACCAACUUUUAAGCACCACUGUAUAUGUGAUCUUCCUUUUAUCAAUUCUCGAUAAAUUCUUGUGAAUUUUCUGUACAAGAGUAACAGAUGUACAAUCAAUCUCAGCUAUGGGCUCAGAUGCCUCCACACGUACCAGCUCGGCAUUAACACACACCGAUUCGGUUGUGCAGGCAAAUGGAAUUCCAAUAGUAUUUACAGUAGAGUUGUGUGGGUAUGUGAAGCACACACCAGUGCCAAGAGAGACAGUAUUCUAAAAAUAUGUUGAAGCCACAUCUGCAUCAAAUUUGUUGAAAUAAACGGCCUUUUCGAAAUGGGAACCUGGAGCUCUAUUUCAAGAUUGGAGCUUAGCAAAUUGAAAACUAUAUUUCAUGAUCAUGCCCAAAUUUGGCAUGAAUGUUGCCCUUGGAUGACAUAAUCUUCAAGAAUAGUGAAGUUGACUUUGUUGAGAAAAUUCUGUAAUUUCAUUGAUUAUGCUAAUUUAUGCAUGGAAUCAGAAUUCUGCUCAAAAUCAAGAAACAGGUCCAAAUAAAUCCAAAUGAGAGAAUUGUCCCUACCAGCAUCCUCUUUCAGAAAAAAAUUGUUAUAAAAAAAAUGCAAGAUUUCUAUAAAAAAUUUACUCUCAGCCUAUCAAAUCGAAGGAUUUUAGUAGUUUUUAACUGUUAUUGCAAAUGUGUUAUUAUAACAAGUUGUAUGAAACAGGGCUCAGUUGUCCCAAGUUACCCAUCAAAUUGGCAAUGUGAGAUUUGCCUACCGGUAUGUAGUCAUGUGAUCUCAAUUUUCAAACAACAAUAAUUUUCCUAAUAUCUUGUCCGAUUAUCUUCAACUUUCAGUGUUCUUUUUAAGGAUUCAAUCAAUUUACUUCAGGUUGGAUAACUGGAUUCUUGUUUUAAUAUACCAAAUAAUGUUACAGUAAAUAUCAGUUCAAUUGGUACUUUUGAGAUUUAAGAUUUUGCCAUUGUUCAUGUACAUGUAUAUUUUUUUGUUUACCCAUGGCAAAAUUGACUGUUUACUGAUAAUGGUAGUCAUGAAAUAAAAGAAUAAAAGACAACAAAAGA